CACGACGACCCUCGCGACGCCUGCCGCUCCUCCUCUCUCUCUCUCUCUCUCUGCUCGGCACAUCCGCUCCCGCCGCCUCUCAGCGCACCCGCUCCGCACUCGGCGCAACUCGGCGCAGCGCGCUUCUGGCCGGCCAUGCCCGCCUCUGUCUCGUCGCGCGGCGCCUCGCCCAGCGGCGGCUCGGCAGCUGGCGCAGCGCGCAGCAAGCGCAAGCGCUCGCCGCCGUCGUCGCGCUCCAGCAGCGCAGGCAGCAGCAGCAGUGGCAGCGGCAGCGAGAGCGAGGCCCCUCGCCGGCCCCGCUCGCCCGCGGCCGUGCGGCGGCGCUCUCCGGCGCCCGUCGGCGCCGCUGCCUCCACUGCACUUGUGCCGGCAGCUGCUGCCGCCGAUGGCGCCUCCACGGCGCGCACCGAGGAAAAGGGCGCCGAGCUGCGCAGCCAGCUCGCCAAGCUCACCGCGACGCGUGCCGGCGGCGCCUACAUCCCGCCGGCGCGCCUGCGCGCCCUCAUGGCCGAGGCCGCCGCGGCAGAUGCGGGCAGUGCAGAGUACCAGCGCAUGUCGUGGGACGCGCUCAAGAAGAGCAUCACCGGCCUCGUCAACAAGGUGGCGAUGGACAACAUCAAGUUCAUCGUGCCCGAGCUCUUCGCCGGCGCCAACUUGAUCCGCGGACGUGGGCUGUUCUGUCGCUCCAUCAUGAAGGCGCAGAUGCUCUCGCUCGUCUUCACGCCCACCUUUGCCGCGCUCGCCUCGGUCGUCAACACCAAGCUGCCCAUGGUGGGCGAGCUGCUGGUGACGCGGCUCGUCUCGCAGUUCCGGCGCUCCUUCAAGCGCAACGACAAGCCCGUCUGCCAUGCCACGGCCAUGUUUCUCGCCCACCUCGUCAACCAGCGCGUCGUGCAUGAGGUGUUGGCGCUCGAGGUGCUCGUGCUUCUCCUCGAGAAGCCGACGGAUGAUGCGGUCGAGGUGGCAGUGAGCUUCAUGCGUGAGGUCGGCGCGUUCUUGGCGGAAGAGAGCCCCAAGGCGAGCAACAGCAUCUUCGAUCGCUUCCGUGCCGUGCUGUACGAAGGCGACAUCAGCAAGCGCGUGCAGUACAUGAUCGAGGUGCUCUCGCAGGUGCGCCAGCAGAAGUUCAAGGACAACCCGAGGAUCCCGGAGGCGCUGGACUUGGUCGAGGAGGAGGACCAGAUUACGCACCGCAUUGGCCUCGACGAUGAGCUCAACGUGCAGGAGGGCCUGAACCUCUUCAAGCCCGACGCAGACUUCCAGGCCAACGAGCGCAAGUACGCCGAGAUCAAGGCCGAGAUUCUGGGCGAGAACUCGGACUCUUCGUCGGGCGGCAGCGCCUCGGGCUCGGGCUCGGGCAGCGAGAGUGACGAUGAGAGCGAGGGGGAGGCACAGCAAAAGGCCGAGGUGGCGCAGCUGGAAAUCAAGGACAAGACCGAGACAAACAUGGUCAACCUGCGCCGCACGAUCUACUUGACGAUUAUGAGCAGCGCGGCGUUUGAAGAGGCGGUGCACAAGCUGCUGAAGCUGCAGAUUCCGGAAGGCCAGGAGAUCGAGCUGUGCAACAUGAUCAUCGAGUGCUGUUCGCAGGAGCGCACCUACUCCAAGUUCUACGGCCACAUUGGCGUGCGUCUCUGCAAGCUCGACCGUCUGUGGUCUGGCUGUUUCGAGCAGUGCUUCCGCAACUACUACGACUCGAUCCACCGCUACGAGACGAAUCGGCUGCGCAACAUUGCGCGCUUCUUUGGCGCCGUCAUUGCGGCCGACGGCAUCAGCUGGUCCUGCUUCGAAAUCGUCCACAUGACCGAGGACGACACGACGUCGAGCAGCCGCAUCUUCAUCAAGAUUCUCUUCCAGGAGAUGCUCGAGAAGAUUGGCCAGAAGAUCCUCGUCGAGCGCUUCAAGGAGCCCUCGAUGCAGCCGGCGUUUGCCAACAUCUUCCCGCGCGCGAACCCAAAGGACACGCGAUUCAGCAUCAACUACUUUACCUCCAUCGGCCUCGGGCCGCUCACCGAGGAGAUGCGCGCGUAUCUCAAGGACGUGCCGCGCAUACUCGCGCAGCAGGCCGCCCUGGCGAAGGCGCAGCGCGCGCAGGAGUCGUCGGAUGACUCGAGCGAGCUGAGCAGCAGCGACGAGUCUUCGAGCCUGAGCAGCAGCUCGGGCGACAGUCGCUCGCCGCCGCCCAGACGCAGAAGACGCUACUCGAGCGACAGCGACAGUCGCAGUCCUGCGCCUCGUCGACGCGCGCGCUCAGACUCGCGCUCUCCGCCGCCGCCGCCACGACGGCGUGCAGACUCGCGCGCGGACUCGCGCAGCCCUCCGCCGCGGCGUCGCUACGAUGACUCGCGCAGUCGCAGCCGCAGUCCGCCGCCGCGCCGUCGUGACGACUCGCGCUCGCCUCCGCCCAGCAGGCGUCGCUACGACUCUCGCUCGCCUCCGCCGAAGCGCAGACACGCUGACUCGCGCUCGCGCUCGCCGCCGCCGCAGCGGCGCCGCUACGACUCGCGCAGUCCUCCGCCGCCGGUCAGGCGCGCUGCAGCUCGCGAAGACUCGCGCAGCCCGGUGCCGCGCCGGCGCGUAGAGUCGAGGAGCCCGGUGCCGCGUCGCCGCGACGAUAGCCCGCCGCGACGGCGGGACGACAGCCCACCGCGUCGCGGCGGCGGCUACGACGAGCGCGGUGCGCCCCCGCACAUGCGCAGUGGAGCAGGAGGCGGAUACGGCAAUGGCAGGGACGCGGGAGGACUGGGCGGAUACGGAGGAGCCGGUGGCUACGGUGCCCCGCGCGGCGACGAUCGCCCACCACGUGGACUGCCGCCGCGCGACAACGGCUAUGCGCGGCGCGCUUGAGCAGGGAGAAGCCUGGGCAUCAAAAGGGAGCAUUGGGAUGGGGCGAGAAGGAAGGUGAAGUAAUGCGCAACACACUACUACUGCACGAGCGCGAGAUGAAGAGGCGAGGACGAUGAGAGGCAAAGAGGGCGCGAGAAGCAUGGGCAAUUAAGACGGAC